CUUGUAUCAUGAACACGAGACUUAAGAGUACAUUGUUCUUCAUGGAAAUUAAAUAACGCUUUCUUGAACGACCAAUAAGGAGCGCCCACGAUUCAAGCUUUGACGAUGUACCACGAUCAGACCACGAUAUACUAAUGUUUGUAUCACGUCCAUCAGAAAUGGCAGGGUUAAAAUUGAAAAAAGUGUUUUUCAUUAAUUUAACGACAUAUGUUAUGUUAUCAAUAGCUGGGAGAGAUUUUUAUAAUAUCUUGGGUUUGUCACGUGGUGCAAGUACACACGAAAUAAAGAAAGCUUAUAGACAGUUAGCAAAAGAAUUGCAUCCUGAUAAGAACAAGGAUGAUCCGGAUGCCUCUCAAAAAUUUCAAGAUCUAGGAGCAGCUUAUGAAAUACUGUCAGAUCCUGACAAAAGAGCAAUGUAUGAUAGAUGUGGAGAGGAAUGUUUAAAAAAGGAUAGCAUGAUGAAUAAUAAUGUUGAUCCUUUCCAAAGUAUCUUUGGUGACUUUAAUUUUCAUUUUGGUGGAGAGUCACAUAAAGAACAGGACACUGCUAGAGGUUCAAAUGUUGUAAUGGACUUGUAUGUUACUUUAGAAGAAUUAUAUAGUGGUCAUUUUAUUGAGAUUACAAGAAAUAAACCAGUUAUAAAAGCAGCAAAAGGGACAAGAAAAUGUAACUGUAGGCAAGAAGUAGUUACUCGCAAUUUAGGAAGUGGUAGAUACCAAAUGAUGCAACAAACAGUGUGUUCAGAAUGCCCAAAUGUUAAGUUUGUAAAUGAAGAACGCUUAUUAGAUGUAGAAGUAGAACCAGGAAUGGUAGAUGGCCAAGAAAUCAAGUUUACCGCAGAAGGAGAACCACAUAUUGAUGGAGAACCAGGAGAUCUGAUAUUAAAGAUACGAACUUUGCCUCAUGCUAUUUUUGAAAGAAAAAGAGAGGAUUUGUACACAAACGUUACGAUAUCUCUGCAAGAUGCUCUCAUAGGUUUCACAAUGGAUAUAACACAUUUAGAUGGUCAUAAAGUAACCAUUCAAAGGGAUAAAAUUACUAAACCUGGUGCCCGUAUUCGGAAAAAAAAUGAAGGAAUGCCUAACUAUGAAAAUAACAAUCUUUAUGGAAAUUUGUACGUUACCUUUGAUAUUGCAUUCCCUGAUACUGAGUUUACACCUGAACAAAUAGAAGACAUAAAGAAAUUAUUACAGCAGAAAUCUGUAAAUCGAAUAUAUAACGGGCUACGAAGUAAUUAAAUAUUUAAAUAUAGCAAUGACAUAUUUAUGUAUAUGUACAAAGUGAAUACAAGAAGAGUGAUUGGAAUGUAUGUCUUGAUUAUUAUGUAUGUUUGUAUAAUAGAAGGAAUACUCUUGCUUCCUUACUAAAGAAUGUCAACAGGUUUGGUAAUCGAAUUGUUUAGGCUUGAAAUAAAUUAAACACACACAAACUAUUUAUACAUACAUACAUGUAUACAUACAUAUGUAAUAUUCACCAGUUUGUUCAGUAUAUAUUCAAAUUUGUGUUUCACAAUGAUAUCACGUAGUGCGUUAUUUUUCGAUUUUUUUCGAUUUUUCGAUACCCUGAUAUCUAUGAUAUAUAGUAAAUGAUGAAAAAAUAAUUGAUACUAGAGAAGAACAAAAACCGUUUACUCAUUUCUAGCCGUUAUUUUAUCUAAAUAUAUAAAAUUAAAAUAUAUAUGCAGUAGCAUAUGUAAAAGACUGGUUAAGUUUGGUUUUUAUUUGAGUUAUAUAUAUAAUGAAUAAUAAACAAUUU